CAUCACCAUCACCAGUCAGAAUGUCGAAAACCAGCACAAGCGGAUCGCCGCCAUCUCGUCCCAAAACUCGUUUCGACAACUUUCCUACGCAUAAACCGAGCGUCAACAAGUACAGUGAUAAAAGAGCUACUUCCCCGUCGGUUGCCUCUGAUUUUGACAACGUUUCACCAUCCAGUAGCUUUAAGCUUCCUCCCCCUGCAGUAACAAGCUACAUGUAUACAUCGGGCUCAUCUCCCCAUGCUACACAACGUUCUCCACUCCAUGGUCUACAGAGGCGGACUGAAAUUCUGACUGAGGAGCUGCAACACUUGUUAGAUGUGCAGUCUGCUGAGCUGAUGUCUGGGGGCAGUUUGUCCACGUCUCGGAGACUCCCUAGAAAUCCUUUAUAUUCUGCGGAUCAAGUCCCCCGGGAACAGAGGAUUACAUUACACCAAGCGAGGAAGAGAGUACUGCUAACCAUGCGAGAGUUGGCGGAAAUCAGAGAUAAAGAGGAAAAGGCGUACGCAUCAGAGGUUGCGGAACGGGAGACAUUGGUGAAAACUAUGAAAAACUGGGGAGACAAAGCAUCGCUUUUGGAAAAGGAGAUACACAAGAUUGAGGAGGGUGAAGAAGGAAAAGAAGCUCGGGCUCUAAGGGAAGCGAAAAGUGAGGUUGAGCGUGAGAUGCAAGAACUCCGCACUCAGCUCUCAAAGCUAGAGGAUCACCGUGCCGCCCUGAGGUACAAGCUUGGGGAGUUGGAGUCCACUGUGUCAUCAAAAACCUCCUCUUACCAGUCCUCUCUUGUAACCGUCAAGCAAAGAACGUCAAACUUUCUCGCAACAUAUCGCUUCCCUUCUCCCGCCACGGCUAUCGAGUCGUGGACCCUCGAGAGAGAAGCCCUGCUAGCUAAGAAAGAUCAGGCUAAGGUUGAGGGCGAGGCUUUGCUCGAAGGGAUGGUUUUGUGGGACGAAACACUUUCUCUUGUAUAUUCCUUCGAGGACAAACUAGGUUUACUAAUAUCCGGCAGGCGGAGUGGAGAUAUAAACCGAGAUAUCAUGCAAGGGCUUGAAGGUGUAGUUGAGGCACUUGAACAGAAGCUCGAGUUGGCAGAGAAUAGGGGAUGGAAGCUAUUGGUUUGCUGUAUUGGUGCGGAAUUGGAAGCAUUCAGAGAAGCCAAAGAGGUGAUGAAGAGGUCUCUAGGGAUCACCUCUGCAUCGAGAGCCGAAGCAUCAAAACUAGCAUCGAUGGAACCUAAUAAAGAUGAGAGGAAGGGAGGUGAUCAGAAUCAAGACGGUGAGGAUUUGAUUACAGGACUGAAGGAGAGGGGAAGAACUAGAGACCGGUCUCUCAUUGGAGAAGUCGGGGGCGAUGGUGAGGGCGAUAAGGCCGAGCAGAAAGAGAGUGACGAGAGCGAGGGGAAGAGUGAGGGUGGGGUCCGAGACCUGAGAAGCUCCAUUUUUACACUCCGAAAGGACUAUUCUCCGUUGGAUGACUGAUUGGCUCCGAUUGAUAUCGUCUUUAGAAAGCUUCAUUGCCUUUGGUAUUUUACACUGUUCCUUGGCGCGAGGGGGUUUUUUUUUAUGAAGUAUGAUAACUUUUGCCCAUGAGCGUAGGGAGGGCUAUUGUUGGUUUGCUUGUCUUUCGUGUUUUUCUUUUUAUCUCCUCUUGUCCCCUUACUAGUAUCGAUGAGGAGCGAGGUGCCAGACUGGCUGGAUGAUGAGACAUCAUGGGUUCUCUAAUUUCACUAGUUCCUGUAUAAAAACUAUUUU